AUGGCAUCAAUUAUAGAGCUAGAGAUUCAUCGCAAGUUAUCUUCUAGUUUCUUCGACCCUGCGAGAGCACCCAAAGCACCACCACCAUCAUCGACCCCUCCGCCUUCGGCCUGCUCCACCUCCUACGUCGACAUCUCCGACCUCGACUACGCCGAGGAGCUCUACCACCGCACCGUCGUCCACGGCGGCCCCACCCCUCCGCCGCGCCGCCACCGCCGCCUUCCGCCGCCUGGGAAAACACCGGGCCAAAACCCCGUCCCCCUCCUUCCCCCGCCCCCUUUCCCCCUCCUCCCCCCCUCCUCCCUCCUUUCCCCCCUGCACCCGCCCCUCCCCCCCCCCUCGGGGGUCACCGGCCCCCUGUUCGGGCCGGGGGGUCAGCCGCCGUCCGUUCGACCCGCGGUCCCCGCCGGCCUCGCGUCGAGUUUUGGGGCCCACCGCCGCGCUCGUGAAGAGAUGUCGGCGGGGGUCGGAUCGCGCUGGAGUGGAGAACCCGGGGCGGGGGGGGGGGGCUUUGGGGACCCGGUGGAAAAUUUUACGCAAGGGGAGGAGGGGCCGGCACGUGGGGGAGUGCAACGAGAGGAUUGGCACGUGCUGGCAGGGCAGAGGGUGUCGGGGGGUGGGGGUAUUCCGGUGGCGGAGGAGGGCUCGGAAGGGCGGGGGGGGGCGAGGGGGGCGGUGAAGCGGGCCCCGGGUUCGAGGGGCGGGGGAACCGGGACUGGGGGGUUUUUAUAG